GGCUUUUGCAAACUCAUGCACUCCCUGUAAGACGCCAGCUCCCGGCCGUGACGUCUCUUCGGGACCUUAUAGGCAAUGGCCCUCACCUAGGCAAUGGGCCUCACCCAGAGCCACCUGCCGGCAUUAGGGCUGCAGGAGGCCCAGAUCAUCACAGAGGCAUCCAGGCCGCAAACCCACCAAAAGGAAACGGAAAGGCUCGAGGCAAUGGCAAUGGCAACAAUCAGGCAACCGAAGCAGAGGCUACCGCUACCGAAUCAGCAGAGGCCACUGCCACUGAAACUACCGCCGCUGAGGAGACCGCCACUGAGACUGCUGCCGCUGGAGAGACUACCACUGUUGAGGAGACCGCCACCCAAACUGCAGCCACUGAAACCGCAGCUGCAACAGACAGUGCCGAGGUCACAGAGACUGCUACAGAUACUGCUGCUACUGAGACCGCUACUGCUACUGAGGAUACGGCGACUGCCACGGAAACUGCUACAGAUGUUACAGCCACGGAAACUGCUACUGACGGCGCAGCCACAGUGACUGUAACCGUUACCGAAACGGCAGCAGAACUUACAGUAACUGAAACGGUCACUGCAGUACCAGCUGAUGAGGCGGCCGCCACCGAGUCCCCAGUCACCGAGAACGAGAGGCAGCAAGCUGAGCAAGUAGAGGCCGCUGAGGAUCAGGAAGAGGCAGCAGAUGGCCACUAG